CUGGACCGGGACAGGAAUUCAAAGUUUGGGUCGUAUUUCUUUGAGCGAAUCUCCAUGCCGGAUCUAGGGUAGAAUCCUUUCUGCUACUCUGGAGAUUGCGGAGGGUUAACUUUCCAUGACGGGGACAAAUCUCCACCUUGCCUUUGUUCUCUCGAUCCCCUUGGGUGAGGUUAUAAACCCGUCAGUCCUCGACCCCAAACUCCUAGUUCGCCCUCAAACCAUCCCUUGGCAUACCGCCCCUUAUCAAAACCACUACCCUCGACCCCGCUUUCUCCUCCAUCCCCUUCGGAGCCUGCCAUGACUCCCGUCGAGCUCAUGGCGCAACCCAACGGUCAUGCCGAGGCAAUCAACAAGCCCCCACGGCCAGGUGGUACUUACACGGUCCGGGAACAACCCCUCGGCUCGACACGGCACAUCCGCAUCGUGGCCAUCGGGGCCGGCGCCAGCGGGCUGAAUCUCAUCAGGACCCUCCGGCUCAACCUGACCGACUACGAGAUCACCGUCUACGAGAAGAACGCCGACGUGGGCGGCACCUGGCUCGAGAACCGAUAUCCGGGCUGCCGAUGUGACGUACCCAGCCAUAGCUAUCAGUUCUCAUGGCGGCAGAAGAAGGACUGGACAAACUUCUUCUCGGCGGCCGAGGAGAUUGGCGAGUACCUCUGCCAGGUGUGUGACGAGGAAGGUAUGAGGGGUUCCAUCAAAACUCUGCACCAGGUCGUCUUGGCCCGGUGGAACGAGGAGCAUGGCCGGUGGGAGCUGAUUGUUCGGAACCUGGAGUCGGGAGAGGAGUUUAACGACCACGCCGAUUUCCUUGUGAACGGGAGCGGUAUCCUAAACGACUGGAAGUGGCCUGACGUCGAGGGCCUCGACGCCUAUCAGGGACGUCUCAUCCACACUGCGCGGUGGCCAAAGGACUUUGACCACACAGGCAAGACCAUUGCCGUCAUCGGCAACGGCUCGAGCGGCAUCCAAGUGCUGCCGGAGCUCCAACCAGCGGCCGAGAAACUCUACCACAUCGUCCGGACUCCCACCUGGGUGCUUCCACCGAGGAUACAGGCGUGGAAGCUCAUGGGUCAGGCAGGCGAGGUCCUCAGCAAGAUCCAGCUGGACGCGCAAGAGAACUUUUCCCAGGAGACGAUCGAAAAGUUCCAGUCCGACCCCGACUUCUACCGCGAGUUCGUCAAGAAGCUCGAGGUGGAAGUGAACAAUGCCUUCCCGGUCGUGCUAACAAAUGGCCCUGUGCAAGCCUUUGCGCGGGCGAAGGUAACCGAAUACAUGACGGCCAUGCUGGGGGGAAACGAGGAGCUUUGCCGAGCGCUCAUCCCCGACUUCCCGCUCGGGACCAGGAGAAUGACGCCCGGCCACGGGUACCUCCAGGCCCUGACCAAGCCCAACGUGGUCAUCAAGAGAUCCGGCAUCAGGCGGUUCGUGCCCGAGGGUAUCGAGCUCGAGACGGGAGAGGUGCUCCGGGUAGACGCCAUCGUCUGCGCCACGGGGUUCAACACGUCCUUCAUCCCGCGCUUCCCCAUCAUCGGCCGCGACGGGAACCUCCAAGAGAGGUGGAAGAAGGAGACGCCCAAGGCGUACAUGUCGUGCGCCGUGGACGGCCUGCCCAACUACUUCAUGUUUCUCGGGCCCAACGCCCCGAUCGGGCACGGCAGCGUCUUCACCCUCAGCGAGCACAUCGCCAAGUACAUCACGGGGGCGAUCCGGAAGUGCCAGACCGAGGGCAUCCGGUCGCUGGCGCCGUCGCGCGGCGCCGUCGACGACUACUUCGAGCACGUCACGGCCUUCAUGCCGCGCACGGCGUGGGCGGCACCCAUCUCGUCGUCGGACGGCAGCGGAGGAGGCAGCGGAGGCAGCCGGUCGUGGUUCCGGAGCGACGACGGCCGCGUCACGGCGCUGCACCCCGGCAGCCGGAUCCACUUCUUCCACAUGCUCGAGCGGUUCCGCGGCGAGGACUGGGAGUACGACUAUCUCCCCUCCGGCGGCGAGUGCGAGAGCGAGGGCGAGGGUGAAGAAAGGAGGAGGAAGGGAUGGAACCGGUUCGCGUACCUGGGGAAUGGCUUCUCGACCAAGGAGUUGGAUCCCGCGAGCGACUCGACCUGGUAUCUUGACGAGGACGCGAUUGUGCGGCGAGGCUGGAACAAACCCAGGAAGGUGGUGUAAAGCGUCGAAAUAGUCGGAUGGGGAGGGGAAGGGCGGCGGUAAAGGGGUCUGUCUGGCAGCUUUUUUGGCAAGUGGUUCGCAAGCACCCCGACAGGUGCUGUUGCACAAGCCGGUAGCAGGCAGCAACAGUGUCGGGUCGAAUUUGGGCGGGUUAUUGCCCGAGGAGAGUGGUGCCCUCAAGGUGCAUCAGGCAGGUUUAUGACUUGAUGCAAGGGUACAUGAGCGUCUCAUGGGUGAUGAUGGUACAAUACAAUAGAAAGAAUCUCUGGUGAAUGCACUGGGUCUAAGGGCGAAGAAGUAACAAUUUCAAUGUUAUUUAUCUCUCCGUGCAGG